GCAUGCAAGAGAUACGAACGUAGAUACUGGUUGGCAUUGCACCUGAUUAGCGUUACCUACGUGCUGUACCAGGAAGCCAAACACCUGUGAAGAGAAGACUGGUCAAAUUUGAAGAUUUGACAAGUGGGGCAGGAUUACCUUCCACAGGAGGCCAAACACCUGUGAUGAGAAGAUUGGUCAAAUUUGAAGAUUUGUCAAGUGGGUCAGGAUUACUUUCGACAGGAGCAGAAAAGGCACCACAAUUUCUCAGUAAGACUGCUGUUGACACUGCAACCCAAGGUAUUACUUUUAGUGCUAUUGCACAAUAGACGUGUCAAAAUCAUGUACGGAAUAUUUUCAUCACUGAUUGUACUCAAUCUGUAAAGUGAUAACAAUGUUUACAAAUGCACUGACCCAUGACGAACUGGUUUAAGAUUGGUGUCCACAAACCCAUGCAUGUCAGUAGGCGAUCGUGUAGUCAGGUUUGCUCACCUACUUGACAGCCAAAUAUAAUGCUCAAUCACUAGGUUUCUGGUUCUGUGUCAUAUAGCUUGAAUAUUAUGGAACGUGGGGAAACAAACCAAACAAUAAUUUUCUGUUUAAUGUUGUAUUUCAGUGACACUAUUUUCACGUGAGGAACCAUAUUCUGACAGACGGCCCAUUAGAUCUGGUCCAAGGGAGAGGUCAAAGAGAUGUGGACAACGAGAACAGAAGGCAUUAAUAUCACAAGACAUAAAAGAAGCUUUGGAGACCAAGUGCUGUGUGAAAGAGUGUAUGAAGAAACUGUCUUUUGAAGUUAUCCACCAAUUGAGAUUGUCGUUUUGGAGGAAGACCCAAACCAAACAGAGCCGCCUCAUCAACAGUCAUUUGAGAGCAGUGUUCAGAUAUCAGGAACAAAGACUGUCAGAUGUUCUCUUCACCCUUGAAGGCCAUGAAGUUUGCAGUGUUUGUUGGUGUACUGUAUUCAAGAUCAGUAAAAGCAGAUUUUUUCAUCAUGGGAGAGCUGUGAAGGACUGCCUACCACAAAAGGUUGAUCAAAGAUCUGAUCAGAAGUAUGAUUCCUUGAAGUACCUGGAUGCAAAGGUGUGGCUGGAUCAAUAUUUCAAAAGACAUGGAGACCACAUGCCACACAAGACAGAAAUCCAGCUGCCAUCUUGCCUUACAAAGAGGCAAAUCUUUGAUGCCUAUGUUGAAGACAACAAUGAUCAGGGCAAGCCGGUGAUUGGGUAUAGCCGUUUUAAGGAGCUCUGGAGAGAGUUCUUCUCAUCUGUGAAAAUACUGAAGUCAAAGGAUUUCACACAGUGCUCUCUGUGCAUCUUGUAUAGAGAUGCACUACAAAGAAAGAACUUGGCAAAGGAAGAAGUCAAGGCCUUGAAAGAAGAAAAAAAGGGACACCUAGCUUUGCAAAGGCUACUUCGAGAAACAUAUUACAAACAUGGGGACAAGGCAAAGAGGUCACCAUCUAAGUAUGUGUCCCUCAUCAUUGACAACAUGGACCAAAACAAGACAAACCUUCCUGUAUUUCCAGAACAAUCAAAGAUUGAUGGCAGCCUUGCACAUGUCAAGCACCACGUGACAGGUGUUGUGGAUCAUGGAAACCAAGCAACCCAUGCUGUUGUCUGGAAUACAUGUAUUCCAGGCGAUGCAAAUGUAACGUGUACAGUGCUUCUGUAUGUCCUCAGUAGAAUUGCACAGCUGAACCAUGGGCGUCUACCAGAAACGCUGUAUUUACAAGCUGACAAUUCGCCAAAAGAUAACAAGAACAAGACCGUACUGUAUGUUUUGGCAUUGUUAGUCAAAUUGAAAAUCUUCAAAAAGGUGAAACUUUCAUUUCUCAUGGUGGGCCACACUCAUGAAGAUGUGGACCAGCUGUUCAGCGUGUUUGCAAGGGAGCUGAGACAGAAACCUGCUGCAACACGUGAUGCUCUCCUGCAAGUCCUUGCCAGCAGUAACGAUCCAAAGCCCACUGCUACUGUACUGGAUGGUGUUUGGGACGUGAGGCAGUUGUUUAUCAACUGUGAUUCACCUAAAGGACACAAGGAGGCACAUGUGUUUGUGUUCAGAAUGGAGGGGUCCUCAGUCUCCAUGCUUUAUAAAGAUUGGCCACUGAAAAGUGAAACCUACAGAAAGGUGUCAUUGGAUUUUAAGGUUGACCUGUCAACACUCACACCUGUCACUCUGGACAAGGAAAAGGUAGAUGACACCUGUAAGGCCAUGGGGAGAGACUUGGCCAAAUGUGCGUCAUCUACCAGGCUGUCUGAAGAGGAAGGCUUGUGGUGGGUGUCCUACAUUAGAAAGAUGGGGGACAUUCACACACCGGCCAUCAAGCUGUCCGACUUCAAGCCCUUCAUGCCUGCCCCAAGGGAAGAGAACACCCUCCCAAGAAAUGUACAAGAGGCAAUAGACCGAAGCAAUGAAAAAAUGCAGAAGCAAUCAAAGGUAUCACUUACAAAGCACAGAAGACAAGCCUCAACGGAACUCUGAGAUGGUGGCCUGAUUGUAACACUGAUGUAAAUAUGUAUAUGCGAUGUAUAUACA